UCGCUGCUUAAGAUAAGAAAUAAAGAGAGAGAGACGAACUCUUAGUUGGGUUGACAUCACAGCCUGCUGAAUCGAUCGGAAAAGAUGAGAGAAAUCAUAAGCAUUCACAUUGGACAAGCAGGAAUCCAGGUCGGGAACUCUUGUUGGGAGCUUUACUGUCUCGAACAUGGAAUUCAGCCUGACGGCAUGAUGCCUAGUGACACAACUUUAGGUUCUGGUCAUGAUGCCUUCAAUACUUUCUUCAGUGAGACUGGUGCAGGGAAACAUGUUCCCAGAGCAAUAUUUGUCGAUCUAGAACCAACUGUUAUUGAUGAAGUUAGAACAGGGACUUACCGCCAACUUUUCCAUCCCGAACAACUUAUAUCUGGAAAGGAAGAUGCUGCUAAUAACUUUGCAAGAGGUCACUAUACAGUUGGAAAGGAGAUUGUUGAUUUGUGCCUUGAUCGAGUGAGGAAGUUAGCUGAUAACUGCACUGGUUUACAAGGAUUUUUGGUUUUUAAUGCUGUUGGCGGUGGUACUGGUUCUGGCUUGGGUUCCUUAUUGUUGGAACGAUUGUCAGUAGAUUAUGGAAAGAAGUCAAAGCUUGGAUUUUCCAUAUAUCCGUCACCACAGGUUUCAACUGCUGUUGUGGAACCAUAUAAUAGUGUUCUAUCAACGCAUUCGCUUCUUGAGCACACAGAUGUAGCUGUGCUCUUGGACAAUGAAGCAAUUUACGAUAUAUGUCGAAGAUCCCUAGAUAUUGAGAGACCAACAUAUACGAAUCUGAAUCGAUUGAUAUCUCAAAUCAUAUCAUCAUUGACGACUUCAUUAAGAUUUGAUGGGGCCAUUAAUGUUGAUAUCACAGAAUUCCAGACUAACCUUGUGCCAUACCCACGUAUUCAUUUCAUGCUUUCAUCUUAUGCACCUGUAAUAUCUGCUGAGAAAGCUUAUCAUGAACAAUUAUCUGUCCCGGAGAUAACCAAUGCAGUUUUUGAGCCAUCAAGCAUGAUGGCAAAAUGUGACCCAAGGCAUGGUAAAUACAUGGCCUGUUGUUUGAUGUAUAGAGGAGAUGUGGUUCCUAAGGAUGUUAAUGCUGCCGUUGCCACUAUCAAGACCAAACGAACUGUUCAAUUUGUUGAUUGGUGCCCAACUGGAUUCAAAUGUGGGAUCAACUAUCAGCCUCCCUCUGUGGUCCCUGGAGGAGAUCUUGCCAAGGUACAACGUGCAGUGUGCAUGAUCAGCAACAACACGGCAGUUGCAGAGGUAUUCUCGCGGAUUGACCACAAGUUUGAUCUAAUGUAUGCCAAGAGGGCUUUCGUUCAUUGGUAUGUUGGCGAAGGCAUGGAGGAAGGAGAAUUCUCUGAGGCCCGCGAAGACUUGGCUGCCCUUGAGAAAGAUUAUGAGGAAGUUGGUGCUGAAGCAGUUGAUGAAGAAGAUGAAGGCGAAGACUAUUAAGGGAGCAGAACAAUGUAGUUCUUACUCUUUUAGUAGUGUGUGUUGGUUGUGUGUGUUCAAGAAGCUUGUAAUUCAUCCUCAUUACAUUUUUUUUAUCUUGUGUAUUCUCAAAAUGGUUUUCUCUCUUUCUCUUCCCAUGGAAAACAGGCUGAUGCUGUGUUGUGUGUUCAAGGAGCCUGAUUGCCCUACCUAUUAUUCAUUCUCAUUUCAUGUAUUUCUUUUUAUUAUUUGG